ACAAAUGACGAUCUGGAAUUAGCUGAUGAUGACAGUGAUGAUAAACCUGCAACUCACUCUCUCAAUCAAGCCAGCGUAUCUGGAUACUUUGACAAGUUAAAGGAGGAUAUUGAACUUCAAAAGCAACGAAAUAUAGCCGAACUAAAUGAACUUGACGAUGCCACUCGGAUAGAAAUAGAAGGGUUUAGAACAGGGAUGUAUCUUAGGCUUGAAUUUCAUGAUGUUCCAUUUGAGAUGGUUGAAUAUUUUGACCCAUGCCAUCCUAUUCUACUUGGAGGGCUUGCUAUUGGUGAGGAAAAUGUUGGAUACAUGCAGGUUCGAUUAAAGAGGCACCGAUGGCACAAAAAAGUACUGAAGACGAGAGAUCCAAUCAUUGUUUCUAUUGGAUGGAGGCGUUACCAAACAACUCCAGUUUAUGCUAUCGAGGACAUGAAUGGUCGUUACCGCAUGCUUAAAUACACACCUGAACACAUGCACUGUCUUGCCAUGUUUUGGGGUCCUCUGGCCCCACCACGGACUGGAAUGAUUGCUGUCCAGAGAUUAUCAAACAAUCAGGCAGAAUUUAGGAUUACAGCGACAGGGGCGGUGCUAGAGUUCAAUCAUGCUGCUAGGAUAGUGAAAAAGAUCAAGCUAGUUGGAUACCCAUGUAAAAUCUUCAAGAAGACAGCACUUAUCAAGGAUAUGUUCACGUCAGAUCUUGAAAUAGCCAGGUAUGAAGGUGCAGCUAUUCGGACUGUUAGUGGAAUCCGUGGGCAGGUGAAAAAGGCUGCUGGAGAAGAGAUUGGUAAUAAAGACAAAAAGAAGGGUGGACUUCCCAAAGAAGGCAUUGCUAGGUGCACCUUCGAAGAUAGGAUUCUGAUGAGCGACAUCGUUUUCUUGCGUGCCUGGACUAAAGUUGACGUUCCUUGCUUUUUCAAUCCGUUGACUACUGCAUUGCAGCCACGCGAUAAGAUCUGGCAAGGAAUGAAAACAACUUCUGAGUUGAGGAGAGAGAACAAUCUGCCUGUACCACUCAACAAAGACUCACUGUAUAAGCCAAUUGAAAGAAAGCCAAAGAAGUUCAAUCCCAUUGUUAUUCCCAACUCACUACAAGCACAACUGCCCUUCCAUAUCAAACUUAAAAACACUCCACGUCAGAGCAGAGUUUCUCUGGAAAAGAAAAGGGCAGUUGUGAGGGAACCUCGUGAGAAGAAACUGCAACGGAUCAUACAACAUGUUCAAGUUAUUCGGAGAAAUAAGGAACAAAAGCGUGAAGAAAAAGAGCGACAGAAGAGGAAAGCAGCUGCAGCAGAGAGGGCCAAGGAGGAGCAAUUCUUGAAGAAGCGCCAGAGGGAAGAACGACGAGAAAGGUACCGUGCGCAAGACAAACAGCAGAACAAAAGACGCAGAAGUUAAUUUCCCAUUUUCUCCCUCCCUAAGUCGUCUUUCAAACUAUUUAUUAGCUGCAAGAAGGGGGCGGUUGUGGGUAUUCGUUGGUCCUUGAUGUUGGUUUGGAUGCUCUUUCGUUCCAUUAUCUAAGCUCUUAAAAAAAUCCUUAAAAUUUUGAGAUAUUAGAUUUCACAUGAAUCAAGAGGAGCUUCCAUUUUUGCAUGUUCAAGUCUCUUCUCGUUGUAAUUAAUCGUUCGGUUUUUGGACCGAUGCAUUCUGGGGGCUUUGUAUCGUUCGGUUUGAUUAUAUCGGUUUGAUUCUGGUUUUGGAGCUUAUAGAAAUGGAGAACAUAAUAGAUUUGCCAAAGGUAA